ACUAUUUUGUACCGUUUUUUACUGUUUUGUGUAACUAGCUAAGAAAAAUUCAAUAAUCUGCCUUAGCGGCCAACCCAACAGUGUUAAAAUGAGUUGAGAAAUACUUGCAUCCCAGACUUUACCUGAAUUAACUAAGAAGUAAUUUGGCAAUGCUUAAAAAAAUGUUGGUCAUAUUGAUUAUUAACUUUCAUUAUUAUGUUUCAUUUUUGGACUUUGGUUAUGGAUAGUUUAAAUCUCCAAAUGUUAAAUUUUGGUUGCCGAGGUUAUCAUUAUUUAUUUAUUAAUUUACUUUAUCAUAAUCCAGAUUUGCUAGAAAAGAAAAAGUGAGAAUUUCUGAAAGUGAACUCAUAAGUUGACCUCCUACAACUGAAUCCACUUGCCCUUGUUUAACACUUUUCAAUGUAAAGUUUUUACCUUAAAAUAUUGCAACUCGUUUCUUGCCCCUCCAUUCCAAUCCCACAUAGUCAAAUUUUAGAUUUCUAGGAAAGUCAACCAUGAUUGAUCCACAAAGAAUAUUUUGUACCCCUUUCUCUUCAUAUAAAAUAAUCAUAUGCAUAAUUGCUUUGCAGCCAAUUAUUUAUCUUUUUUUAAGCACGAAAAAGAAACAAAUGUCAACUUUUUCUUGUAAUAAAAGACACAAAACAACAAAAUUCCACCAAAAAAAUUCUUGGCAGAUAUUUGAUCAUUAAAAGAAAGAAAAACCAAUUAAGGCUGUUUCUUCAUUUUGUUUUUGGUUCAUUGUUGGUGUUAAUUUUGAGUUUUAUGAGAUAUGAGAAGUCUCUUAAUUGUUAUUUUCUCUAUGUUAUGUCACUUUCUGCUGAUUUUUGAUUACUCUUCUUCGUAUCCUCUUUGUACUAAUAAGAAGUCACCCUUCAUCACAAACACCACACUUAGUUUCUGUCAAUACAAAGGGAGUACUUGUUGCAAUUCCAGUGAUGAUAUGCAGAUAAGGAAUGAGUUUAAAGCCAUGAAAAUCUCUGAUUCUCGCUGUGCUUCACUUCUGAAAUCAGUACUUUGCGCGAAAUGUGAUCCAUUUUCAGCAGAGCUAUACAGAGUUGAAUCAGUACUAACUCGAAAAGUUCCUGUUCUAUGCAACUCAACAAGGCAAAACUCAACUGACUUUUGUUCAAAUGUUUGGAACAAAUGCCAAAAUUCAUCUUUAGUGAAUUCUCUCUUUGGAUCUCAAGUUGAAUCACCACUUAACUCUACUUCCAAAUUUUCUGAUAUGUGGAAAUCGAAAAGCACAUUCUGCAAUACAUUUGGAGGUUCUUCUGAGGCUGGAGGAGUGUGUUUUGAUGGUGAGCAUGUCUCACUAAACAACACUGAAGUUUCAAGUCCCCCAAGUGGUAUGUGCCUUGAGAAAAUUAACAAUGGAUCUUAUCUCAACAUGGUAGCUCAUCCCGAUGGAUCGAAUCGAAUAUUCUUGUCCGAUCAACCAGGCAAAAUCUGGUUGGCAACUGUCCCAGAAGAGGGAUCAGGAGAAGUAUUGGUAGUUGAUGAAUUAGAUCCUUUCCUUGACUUAACUGAUGAAGUGUUUUCUGAUACUGAGUUUGGGAUGAUGGGAUUAGCUUUUCAUCCAAAUUUUCGAGACAAUGGGCGUUUCUUCGCCUCAUUCAAUUGUGAUAAGGUGAAAUGGCCACAAUGUUCAGGAAGAUGUUCAUGUAACUCAGAUGUGGGAUGUGAUCCAGCUAAGUUGAGCUCUGAUAAUGGAGCAGAACCAUGCAGAUAUCACAGUGUCAUAGCAGAGUUUAGUGCUAAUGGUAGUGAUGCCAAACCACAAGAAGUUAGGAGAAUAUUCACUAUGGGACUUCCAUUUACUUCACAUCAUGGUGGUCAGAUUCUAUUUGGACCACAAGAUGGUUACUUAUACUUCAUGAUGGGAGAUGGUGGAGGUAUAGGUGACCCUUACAACUUCUCUCAGAACAAGAAAUCUUUGCUUGGAAAGAUUAUGAGGCUUGACAUAGAUAGAAUACCAAGUGCAUCUAAAAUUGCUGAAUUGGACCUAUGGGGAAAUUACUCUAUUCCUGAAGACAAUCCAUAUUCUGAUGACAAUGAGUUACAACCUGAAAUUUGGGCUUUGGGAUUUAGAAAUCCAUGGAGAUGUAGUUUUGAUCUAGAAAGGCCUUCUUACUUCAUUUGUGGUGAUGUUGGUCAGGAAGAAUUUGAAGAGGUUGAUAUAGUGAGCAAGGGAGGAAACUAUGGAUGGCGUGUUUAUGAGGGUCCAUUCCUAUACAAUCCACCAAAAUCUCCAGGUGGAAAUACAACUUCUAGUGCCAUUAAACCAAUUUUCCCUAUAAUGGGAUACAACCACUCUGAGAUCAACAAGGCUGAAGGAUCAGCUUCCAUAACAGGUGGUUACUUUUACCGUUCCAAGACCGAUCCAUGCAUGUAUGGAAGAUACCUUUAUGCAGAUUUAUAUGGUUCUGGUAUGUGGGCAGGAACAGAAAAUCCAAAAGAUAGUGGGAACUUUACAAGUACUAAAAUUCAAGUCAAUUGUGCUAUGGACUCUCCUAUUCCAUGUAGUGAUGAAUUUGGAAGCUCAGUCUCUGGACUUGGUUUCAUAUUCUCUUUUGGUGAAGAUAACAGGAAAGACAUCUUUAUAUUGUCAAGCAAUGGUUUGUAUAGGGUUGUAAGGCCUAGUAGAUGUAACUAUGUUUGUUCAACUGAGAAUUCUACUAGUCCUGUUAGCCCAAGAUCACCUCCUCAACCAUCUUCUUCGCCCUCUACCGGUACCCGGUUGAGAAAUUAUUCUAUGUUAGAGCUGUUGUUCUUCUCCUUUACCUCAUUUUUCUCUGUUUGUUUCUUCUUAGUUAUCUAAUGUGUCAUCUCCUUUUGAAACUUUUUUGCUUAAACUGUAUCAUAUUGGAAGGUCAUGGACACUAAUUAAACAUGUAUUAUUUAAUAGAGAGAAGAAUUAGAGAUUGAAUAUAUUAAAUUAUGAAGUUGCAGUCAUUUUAAUUGUGGGAAAACACAUGAUUAAGUUUAUAAAAAAGUUGGAAAGUUUUGAAUUUGAUAACCAAUGAAAAUUAUUUUUGAACUAAAAUAAGAAGUAAAUAAUUUAGUAAGUAUAAAUAUAUUAAUAUUAAUUUUGAACUAUAUUAAUUUAGUAUUAAUUUUGAGCUAUAAAUAAUUUAAUAUUUUUUUAAGUAAUUUUAUAUUUAAACUAUAUUUGACACAAAAAGUAAUUUUGUGAUAUUUUUAUAUCAACUUUUAUUAUUAUGCUCUAUUGCAUAAUUGUAAAUCUUGAUGAAAAAUUUAAUAUGCCAUUUAAUAUUUUUAAUAA